AUGGCAGUAAAGCUUUCAUCUUUGACAUUGUUAAGGAGAAUUUCCAAAAGGGUCUGUUUGCAAACAUCUUUUUCUUCAAUUUCGUGUGCAAAUACCAUUCAUAUUGACCCAGAAACUGAUAAGGACCUCCCAAAUGGUUUCGAUUUUGAGUCAAAGAUUGAAUUUUUGAGGAAUAAACUUCACCCGGAGAGCUUGGUCCAUGUCUUGGAUUCAACAACUGAUGUAAAUUCUUCGUUGAAACUGUUCAAAUGGGCUUCUCUUCAAAAGAAAUUUGAGCAUAACGUAAAGACAUACUAUUUAAUGAUUUUGAAACUAGGUAUGGCUGGAGAUGUGGAGGAAAUGGAAUGUUUUUGUAAUGAACUGAUAAAGGAAAAGCAUUCAGGUUUUGAUAGUGCUCUCUCGACUGUGAUAGAUACUUUCGGUAAAAAUUAUAGGUUUGAUGAGGCUUUAAGAGUUCUUGCGUGUUUAAAUUCUAGUAGUAUUAAGCCUUCAAUUGGCGUAUUCAAUGGCUUAAUGGGUGCACUCGUCCAGGGGAAAAGGGACUUUAAAGAUGUACUAUUUGUCUAUAAGGAAAUGGUAAAAGUAGGAAUUCUUCCAAAUGUGGAAACUUUAAAUUACUUGUUGGAGGCAUUAUUUGAAGAUGAUAGAGUUGAUACAGCUGUGGAUCAGUAUAGAAGAAUGAAUAAGAAAGGGUGUAGCCCUAAUAGCAGGACAUUUGAGGUUGUUAUUGGUGGUCUUAUUGCUAAGGAAAGAGUAGAUGAAUCCUUGGGUAUCUUAGAUGAAAUGCUAGAACACGAGUGUGAGGUGGACAUGGGAUUUUAUGAUCGAAUAACACCUUCACUUUGUUUGAUGAAUAAACAUGUAGCCAUACUGAGGUUAAUUGCAAUGAUGAAAAGUUCAAAAGUUUUUCCAAAUUCGUCUACGUACAGAGUGAUGAUUCAGUGCUUAUGUAGGAAUCUUUGUGUAGAUGAUGCAGUUAGCCUUUUCGAGGUGAUGGUGAGUGGUGGAGUAUCUCCAGAUAAUGAUACAUACAAGGAUAUAAUAGAUGGGUUAUGCAAAUUAAAUAAAUUUAGUGAAGCCAAGAAGAUUUUGUUAGAGAAUAAUGUAGAGAUAUCUUGUCCCUUUAAUCUACUUCUUGGAGCCUACUGUAAGGUUGGUGAUCUUGCUGCUGCUAAAGAUCUGUUUGAUGAAAUGUUCGACAGGGGUUUAACUGAUAGGCUGUCCUGGAAUUUGCUUAUUUUGUGCCUUGGUGAGACUGGUAGGAUUAAGGAAGCCUCGGAAGUUCUUUGUAGAAUGAUUAUUGCUUCCUUUGUUCCCAACUCUGCUACUUACUCCGCUCUUAUUAUGGGAAAGUGCAAACAUGAUGAACUUGGAGAUGCCUUACUGUUAUUCCAUCAGAUCAAAAGCAAGGGUCAGGUUUUGGAAUCUGCAUCUUACGCCGAACUUGUUAAAUGUCUUUCUCUGAAGGGAAAGAUUCAAGAGGCUGCUGAAGUGUUUUGCUAUAUGUCAAGCAAGAAAAUUUGUUUGCAGUCUUCCAUUUUUGAUUUACUGAUUAAGGGGGUAUGUGAAACGGAAGAGUUCAACUGUGCAAUGAGGUUCCUCAUUCUUGCUGAUUAUUCAGGAUCAUCCAUUUCCUCUGCUACUUAUAUUAGAAUGAUGAGGUGUUUGUUGAAGUUUGGGAAGCUAGAUCAUCUUUUGAUGGUUUUAUCCAGGAUGAUUGUAGAUGGUUGUCCGAUCGAGGAAGACGCGUAUUGCAUUUUUGUGCAAUGUAAGAGUGCAACCAAUAGUCCAGAGCAGUGCACUAAAUUUUUAAAUCUGAUGCUGAACAAGGGUUUGUUACCUGAUUCAGAAACAGUAACUAGCGUAUUGUCUUGUUUGUCCAAACACUCACAACUCCACAUGAUUUUGUGGACGAUAGAUAAACUCAUCUCUUGUUCUGAUGUUCUAAAUUCACUAACAUACAAUAUGCUAGUCAGCGGCCUAUGUAAAGAAGGAUAUAGAGAUGUAGCCUGUCGCAUGCUGGAUGUAAUGUUGGGUAAGGGAUGGAUUCCGAACGCUGAAACUCACCAGUUACUGUUGGGUUCUGAUCCUGUUGAAAAAUCCGAACUGCAAACUAAUGUGGAUGAAUUCCCCCCUACCUCACACGAUGAGGUUAGCUGCAUUCUUGCGGAGGCUUUGGCUCAGACCUGA